UUCCCCUUUCACGUUUCUGAGAAGGCCUCGAAAAAGUGAAACGGCCUCACUUGGCUCCCAGUCAACAGCUGUGUGUUUCUGUAUGCAGGGCAUGUUUGGUUUCAGUCACAAGAUGCUGAAACAUCAAUUAAGUUAGGAAACGAUCAUUGGACUUCCCCGUCGGUUAUGAUUUUGUGUCACGUUGUUUGGCUUCAUAACACAGCCGGACCUAUCUGCGGUAUUGUGUCCUUCAACCAAGACCUACGCCCGACGUGUGUUCGACGUCUUGAUAGAUAGGGUGACCUCGUCUUCAAGAUGCCUCCUCGGAACAACGACAAGGUGACAACCCCUCUCGUGGGUCCGCGCGUGCAGGGCAUGUCGGGAGUGGUGCUGGGUAGCCUGGUGUUGGCCGCCCACAACUUCAGUCUGGACCUGACUGUAGCGGCGCCAAACAGCCUCGUCACCGGGACUGUACUGGUCAUCACGGGCCUGCUACAGUUUUCAGCAGGUAUCCGUCUGCUCCGUGGGCGUUAUCACACCCUGACCACCCUGUACCUGUCCCUGUCGGUGCUCUGGGGGUCCUUGGGGUCCGCCAAAAUCCUGGAGGGGUUGGACGUCCUAUCCUUGGACAACCGCAAAGACGGCCUUCUCCCUGGUUAUGGGGUCUUUCUGUUCCUCACCCUUUUUCUUGGGAUCGCGGGUAAGAAAGAGAGGAGUAGCAUUGUCAGUUGGAUCUGUUUUCUGCUUAGUUUGUCCAUGGUGAUGGAGAUUGUAGCCUUGUUCUAUCCAGCAGGAAGAUGGGGCACAGCCUGCUACCAGGCACUGCCUGUGCUGCUGGGUCUUUACUACGUCGUUGGUUUGACAGUGUCACACUGCACAGGUAACGGUGUGAGUCUGCCUGGUAUGAGAGAGGAAAGUCAAGAGACAGACGAAGAUGAGGAUGUCGUCAAGAAUGACGUUUUGGCGUUUGCAUACGCUAUGAAUAUGAUUCCUACCUGUAUAUUAGCGCUCCUCUUCAUAGGCGUUACUCGUACCACCAAUCAGGCAGCGCCGUGGAUGGCGCUAGCGGGCCUUGCCCAGCUAUUGGUUUCUGUUCUGUCCUUCAGACGAGAGGACGUGUUCCAUGGAGCAGUGUUUUCCUUGUCUAGCACAUUCUGGCUGGGAAUAACAUAUGGUUUUCUCAGUACGCUUUGGGGGAAGGCGGAAUUGGCGCCUCCUUUCCUAGCUUCCUCCAUUCUCGUUCUCAUCUUCCUUGUAUUCUUCCUUCUGUCCUUCACCCAAACCAUCUCUGAUGUUGUGUACAACUUCUGUUUUGCCCUUUUGGUCCUUUCACUUCCCACUACAGGCUUGAACAGUACCUACUUAGGUAUCGCCAGUAUUUUGCUAUUAUUGAUCUCCAUUUACUGUACCUUUGCUUUGACGUUGAACUCUGCGUUCCGGAGAACCCUUGUUCCCGUCGGGAGGAGCCUUCUACCUGAGGAAUCGUUGCGUGGGCUCUUCUCUCGCUGCCAAUGUGCUAGACGUCGACAGGGCUAUGAGAGCCUGCCAUCCGGAUCAACCAGUGCUGGUCUUUCUGGUUCUGAUACUAUUCUCGGCUACUCCAAGUACGCCAGCGCUGACACGCUGGGGUUCCUGUCCAAUGCCGUGACAGCUCUGGCUGUGGCGCUGUUGUCUACCGGGGACAAGUCUCUGGUCCUCCCCUGGGUGAUCGUACCAGGAGGAGUCAUCCAGUUCGUGGCGGGAACCAUCAGCUUCUCCCGCGGGAAGACGUUCGAGAGCACGGCGUUCAUGGUGUACAGCAUGAUGUGGCUGUUGUGGGGGUCUGUCAGGUACUCUGGUGUCUAUAGAGGCAGUGAAGGGCUCGGUGUGGCGGCAGGAGCCGCAUCUUUCCUUCUCUUUAACCUGUUUGUCAUCUUCUUGUCUGUGGUGAUCAACAAGGCGUGGUUGGUCCUGUCCGUGGUGUUUGAGGUGGUUUGUGUGCUGUUCCUGUUAGACGCGCUAGGUGUCCAGACUAGUCAAUAUUUUGAGCUCGGGGUGAUGUGUGUGUUUGGCGCGGUGUGCGUGUACUGUUUCUGUGUGCACCUACUGAACGGCAUGUGUGGGGAGGAGGUGAUGUCCCUGGGGAGCCCGCUCCUGAGCCUGGGGAGGGGGCACCGCGGCAGGGGUGGGGAACAGGGGUGUGUCAUGGCAGACGCCAGGAAGGCGAAUGGUGUCAAACAAAUCGCAGAACUGAUGAAAGCCGGCGGGAUCUGUGGCAUGCCUACAGACACCGUGUACGUGCUGGUGGCGGCCUGUAACCGUCCUGCCGCUGUGGAGAGGGCCUACCGCACCAAGAAACAAGCGGAGGAGAGACCCAUGUCCAUAUGGAUCUCACAGUUGAGUCAGCUGGAGCCAGCCAGGGAGGAGUUCGGGCCGCUCCUGUGGGACUUCAUGAAGGAGGUGUGGCCGUCCUCCAUCAGCCUCGUUAUCAAGAGAGGACCGUGGCUGGACAGGUUUGGCCUGGGAGACUCCGCCCACUACAUCGGCACCCCUGAGAGCAUCGCCAUCCGCAUCCCGGACUGCACGGUCGCCACCCACCUGAUCGACCUGGUGGGACCCAUCGCCGUGACCUCCGCUAACCCGUCCGGGGAGGCAGACACCACGCACCACUCACAGGUGCUGGCCAAGCUAGGAGACAACGUGGACGGAGUACUGUGUGAUGGCCCAUCGCCCGAGAACGUCGCCUCCACCGUCGUGAACUGUGCGAAGAUUGACGAGGGUGAGCUCGGCUUCUUUCGGGUUGGCAUCGUGCCCAGGGCGCAGGUUAUCGGCAUCUUCGACUCCGUCCGUCGGCGUCACGGCAGAAGCAGUUCGGCGGGCAGACGUAACGACAGCGCCCCGCGCCGUCACUACGGAUCCACCAACGCGGCGCGAACCGGCCACGUCGUCCGGGGCGUUGCGUCAGGCCUGGCGGGAAUCCUACAAGUACAUGCCCAGGAGGACGACACGGACAUCGGCGCUUCACCACAGGUCGCGGUCGUCAGUGGUGCUGAUGACACGGCUAACUCUCUAGCUUUCUCCACAACCAAUCUACUGGACUUAAAAUCUUAAAAUCGGCAGGUCUGAGCAAAAAGGAGCUUAGUUAGAACGAACACUGUACAGCGCGUCAAAACUACAACGGAAUAUCUUUCAAAAUCUCAUGGCUGUAAAGUGUAAAUACUUACUUUUAUUCGUACCCUAUCAUAAACAAUAUUGUAUAAACCCAAUUAUAGAUUCAACUUUACUUUAUUUCUAAUAAGACUUUUUCAGUUUGGUCCUACAACGCAUUAUUUUUUCUGUAAUAAAAUCAGCAUAUACAACUUAAUGACGGAUUACCUUAAGGCUUUACUUCAAAGUAAAAACAUGAUCCCACAAUAAAUCUGCAGUCCUACUUAACGAGUAGAUUUAGAAGUAGACUUGCAUUGGUUGUUGGGGCGUUGUUUGAGGUAUACGGCAAGCAUUUACAAUCGGGAACGGUACGGCUGUAUGUAGUUGAUAUUGAUAUUAGUUCUGAUUUCCUUAGCCGUAUGUUGGUCCUUUGAAUUGCACCAUAUGUACUUACUUGUUGCAAAGUACAUGGCGUUGUGCCCUGAAUGCCGAUCGUGCUACUACUAUGUCAAUGAAUCAUUGAAUAAACUCAUGAAAAUGAGGAUUGAA